AGGAUUUUGAUACUGAUCAGAUAUUUCCUUAAUUAGUAGGUCCCUCCUCUUGUCUCUCUCGUUCGCUCCUUAUAUAUUUAUUUUUAUAUAUCUUUUGAAACAACGAUUGAUCUCUCAAGGAAGAAAUUGAAGAAUUCCGUAGAUGUCUUCAGAGAAGGUGCAUGUGGAGCACUGUAAAGGCGUCAAUGGCCUCGAUAAGGUCAUCUUAAGGGAGAUUCGCCGUUGCUCUGCUGAGGUUACGGAGAUUUCAUUUUUCGUCGUCGUCUUAAAUGUAGAGUGUGCUUUAUAUUAUAAACCAGAGAAGAAAGAUAGCAGGAGAAUGCAAGCUAAAAUAUAUGAAUCAAUUGGAGGAAAUAGUACGAAAGAUUAUUGUCAAACCAAAUUUAAGGUAUAUUUGUAUGGAGGUCAAGUCACUUCUUGGAAGAAUGCACAUGGUGAAGAGCUCCUUUUUGUUAGUAGUAAGGCUUCUUUUAGACCUCCUAGGGCUAUUCGUGGAGGUAUACCAAUCUGUUUCCCUCAAUUAAAAAGUACUGGUUCUCUUGAGCAAUAUGGAUUUGCAAGGAAUCGAAUUUGGAGCAUUGAUCCGGAUCCCCCACCAUCUCCAUCAGAUAUUUCUCACAAGGCCUUUGUUGACUUAAUCCUCACGCACUCUGAAGAAGAUAUGAAGAUCUGGCCUCACAGGUAUGAGUACCGGUUAAGGGUAGCUCUGGGACCUACAGGUGAUUUAAUGUUGACAUCUUGCAUCAGAAAUACAAGCACUGGUGGAAAGUCAUUUACGUUUAGAUUUGCCUAUCAGACCUAUUUUUUCGUCACUGAUAUCAGUGAAGUACGAGUAGAAGGACUAGAGACAUUGGAUUAUUUGGAUAACUUGAAGAACGGAGAGCGGUUCACAGAACAAGAGGAUGCAAUAACAUUUGAAUCAGAAGUGGAUAAAGUAUACCUCAGUACACCAACAAAAAUUGCCAUCCUGGACCAUGAAAGGAAACGAACAUUUGAAUUGCGAAAGUAUGGACUUCCAGAUGCUGUGGUGUGGAAUCCGUGGGAUAAGAAAGCAAAGGCAAUGGCGGAUUUUGGUGAUAAUGAGUACAUGCAUAUGCUGUGUGUAGAGGCUGCCUGUGUGGAGGAGCCCAUUACCUUGAAACCUGGGGAAGAGUGGAAAGGAAGGCAGGAGAUUUCAGCUGUUCCUUCCAGUUACUGUAGUGAACAACUCGACCCUCGAAGGCUACUUCUUAGUGGUUGAAUACAUUACUCGCCCUUUUCUGCGGCAUCUCUUGUACAGUUUAAAGACCGCAAUCCGGUUUUCGCAGCCAAUUACCCAAGCAUUUAACUCCAAAUUCUCUUGUGCCAAGGGUUUCAUAUGAAAGGUAUGGUAAUUUUGCAAAUUCUGCUUCUCUGGGUGUUUCAUUACUAGCCUCUUAUUUGAUUCAUUUAGGGUUUUUAGUUGCUAGUAAAUAUUUCUUUAUUGCAUCUGGAAGUCCAUUUUCUUAUGUAAUACUAAAAUUGUAGAAGCGAUUCAUAUAAAAUCCUUCGCUUCUAUUUGUGAGAUUAUAGAAGAACUUGGUAUUUCGAUGGAAUCCAUAUCUUUGCUUUGCUGGGCAGUUGCCCUUUUCAGAUAUAUGGUAGUACGGUUGUAAACUCCACUGCAAUGUUUCUAAUAUAGUGAGAUCUUCCAAGUAUAUUUACAAAA